GAGAAGGGGGGGGAGGAUUUUCUUUGAAACACUUCUUCUGGUGGCUGUGUUUGUGUACGACCGCUGCCAUGUACAGCUUCUAGACAUGUUCCAUGCUCUUUGACAGACAGGAGAGAGUGAGCUUAUGCUACCCUUCAUCCUCCUCGCUGGAUAAUCUAUGGAGAGGGUGUCCUGUUCUCUCUCACGCAGCUCUUGGAGUUACUUGCGGCUGAGACUACACCGUGAGCUUUGAACUGAAUCGACCUGGAUAGUAGAAAACGACUCACUUAACCUCAUUUGAAUGCCUUUGCAAGGAGUUUGCUGGUUUCUGUGCUGCAGGCAGGGCUUCAGUUUGCUCGGACGGGACUAUGGGGAGAAAGAGGAGGAAGAGUCUUUUGAAUUGCGCAACAAGGAGGACUUGACUCCCAAUGGACGGAGUCCAGCUGAGGUGACUGUUUCUCAACCAACUCGCACAGCCAAUGGAACAAAUGGGCACACUGUCUCUGAGGUGUCUGAAGAGAUGAAGAGCCUGAUCAUCGAGAAGAAUAAGAUGGGCCUGGAGGAAGAGCCGGAACUGCUGGUCAAAGGAUGGCUGUUGCGGGAGGUGCGAGGAAACUGGAUUAAGCAGCGCCGGUACUGGUUUGUGCUGAGCCAGGACUCACUCGACUACUACAGCGGACCAGAGAAAGGAUCCCGCAGACUGGGCACACUGGUCCUCACCAACCUCUGCUCUGUCAUCUGGCCCGACAAGCAGACCUACAAGGAAACAGGCUACUGGAGCAUCACGGUAUAUGGGCGGAAGCACUGCUACAGACUAUACACCAAGCACUUCAAUGAGGCUGUGCACUGGGCAUGUGCCAUCCAGAAAAUAAUUGAUACCAAAGCACCAGUGGAAACGCCAACACAGCUCCUGAUCCGAGACAUCGAGGAGAAUAAGUUCAACCCCGAGGUAGUGGAGCACAUCUACCAGCACAACCCCAUCCUGAAGUAUACCCAGGGCCCCCUGUAUGCCCCUCUGCUUCCCUUCCCCUAUGGCAGCCUGGAGCACACAUACCACAGCGGGAAAGGCUACGGCUCGGUGCGUGAGGAGGCCGUGAAGCUCUUCAACUGCCUGCAGCAGCUGGAGUCGGCACGGGAGCCGGUUCCCAUUAUCCAGGGAGUGCUGCAGACCUGCCUGGACCUGCGGCCCCUCCGCGACGAGGUCUACUGCCAGCUAGUGAAGCAGACGAGCUACACGCCUGCCCCGUACACUGCCGCACACCUCCGCUACUGGCAGCUUCUCACCUGCAUGAGCUGCACCUUCCUUCCUGGGCCAACUGUGCUCAAGUACCUGCGAUUCCACCUCAAGAGGAUUCAGAGCCAAAGUCCUGAGUCUGAGAUGGAUAACUAUGCGUCAUUCAUCAGCGAGGCUCUGGAGAAGACCAAGUGUCGGGAGUGUGUGCCAUCCUGGGAGGAGAUCCAGAUGCUGAUGAGCAGACAGGAGAUGCUGUGCACUGUGCACUAUCCUGGCCCUGGGUCCUGCCAGCUCUACAUCAGCUCACACACCACUGCCAAUGAGGUGGUCCGAAGGAUGCAGGAGAAGCUCGGCCUGCAAGAGAGCAAAAACACAUUUGCACUGUACGAGCAGAACGCACUGUGGGAGCAGCCGGUGGCGGGCAGUGCUCUGAUCGCAGACAUCCUGACCAGGUUUGAAAACUUCUCCACCAAAGAGUCAGAGUCGAAAUCCCAAUGGAAACUGUGCUUCAAGCUGUACUGCCUGUUGGAUGCCGACAGCAUAUCAGUGGACAGCAUUGAGUAUCUCUUCCUCUUUGAGCAGUGCCACGAGAUGGUCGUGCGUGGCCAGCUGCCAGCCUGUGAAGAGGACCUGCAGGCCUUAGCUGCCCUGAGGCUUCAGUGUCUGAUGGGUGACUUCAGCACGCACGCCCCCUGCCCGCCUCUGGACGAGCUUUUCCCAGGUCACAUGCUCGAAGCUCGGGUCCUCAUGUCCCUCUCUUCCCCGCAAGCCCUGCCUCCUUGUCUGGUGGCGGCUCAGGGCUGCCCGACGACACAGCGCUUCCCCACGGGCCUCCUGGCGGGGACGCUGUGGAGCCACACGGCUACAGCGGCACACAAGCAAAAGGUGGAGCAGGACAUGCGCCUGCGGAGCCGGCUGAAAGAGGAGGCAGCGGCUGUCAUGGGAUCCAUCUUGGAGCGUUGGAAAGGUCUGGCCGGCUACAGCCGCAGGGACAGUAUGGCCGCCUACCUCACAAUUGCACGCCAGUGGUCGGGCUUUGGAUGCACCCUUUAUGAAGUGGACUUUUAUAUUAGUUCGACAGGGAGUUUUUCCCAGAAGCUGUGGCUGGGUGUAGCUGCUACAUCCGUGUCUCUGUAUCGGCAGGGAGAAGCAGAGGCCCUCGAGUCCUUUCCUUAUGGCCAGAUCUGCUCCUACGGUGUAUCUGACAGCAACACCUUCAAGAUCACAGCUGGGGAUCGGGAUCUGCUAUUUGAAACCACCAAGCUGACUGAGAUCAUGCAGCUGAUGAAUGCAUAUUUCAGUGCCAUCCGUCGCCAGCGAGGGAAAGGGGAAGAUGCGGACAUCACUAUAGCAGAAAGCACAGAGAUGGGCUUCCAUCACCUGGCCUCGACGCCGACGCCAACCCUCCUGGAGCUGCCCUCGCACCCCGUUUGAGAGGGACCCAUUACCCGGACACCCUCCCCACCCCCCUCCACACCAUCCUCCUCCACGUGGCCCCUAUGAGGCCCAGUCCUCAGGACCCCGCGCCUCCUCCGCUGGGAACGGCACGGCAGCCAAAACAAAGAGAGGGCUGUUUUCGCUCCCCAUCCGUGAAAAUAAACCCUCGCUGAGCUUUCCAGCUGAAGGAGCUGGCCGAUGGAGGAGGGAGGGUGCAGGAGCGGGAGAGGACGGAGAAGGCAAGGGGUUCUGUUUUGCAAGUGAGGCCAAAAACCCACAGAAACCAAUGCGGUUGCUGAUGAGGUGUCACACACCCCCACACCCUAUCCUGUCACGCAACCACCUCUGUUACCCUACAUGGCAACACCCAC